AUGGCGGAGUUUAGCCCAGAGCAGCUGGAGGCUUGUCUGCUUCAGCUCACGCAUCCAGAUACAGAGCAGAUCAAGCAGGCGGAAGUGGCACUUAAAACAUACACCAAGCAGAUCACAAGCGUUGGCGGCUUGCUCACGCAAUUGCAGCUCUCGACCAAGCCAGAGGUUCGUCAGUUGGCCGCACUUAUGCUGCGCAAGAAGAUUUUCAAGCAUUGGCCAAAGCUGGACUUCAAUGCGCAAAAUCAUGCUAAGAAAGUGCUGCUCAACCGCGCUGCUGAAGACCCCGUGCACGUCGUUCGCUCAACAGUGGCUUCGCUGAUCGCUGCGCUGGCAUUGCAUGAAGUGAAUGCUGGUAAAUGGCCUGAACUUAUGGUUUUUAUCAAUACGUGCGCCAACAGCUCCAGCGUUGACCAACGUGAAAUGAGUAUGAAGCUCUUGCAGCUGCUUGGCGAGGGCAUGGGCACGUCACUGCAGCCGCACUUUAACGACCUUAAACAGCUUUACGCCAAGGCUUUGCAAGACCCUGAAAACCUUAAAGUUCGCGUAGGUGCCAUGCGCGCUGCUUGCUGCCUCAUUGAAUUUCUCGAGGAAGCCGAUCUUCGUGGCUUCCGUGAUCUCGUGCCCCUCAUGAUUGCUGUAUUACAGCAAUGCGUUGCUAAUGGUGCCGAAGCGGAAGCUGUCGAGUUCAUGGACGUGUUUUCUGAGAUUGCCUCGCAUCCGUUUUCGAUUUUAGACCAAGCUUUUCCGCAAUUUAUCGAGCUAUUGUUGCAAAUUAUUGUGGCUGAGCAGCUUGAAGUAAGCACCCGUGCAUCGGCAAGUUAUGCGAUUGGAGAAUUCAUCAAAAAAAAACCGAAGACAAUUGGCAAGAGAAAUCUUGUGGCUAAGAUUUUUACCACCAUGUUAGACAUAGUGGCUGGUGACGAGGCCGUUUCUUGUGGUCUCAUCUCGAAUUUGCUCGAGCGCGAGGGUAAGGCAGAAGGUGAAGACGAGGACGAAGAUGACGAAUCUCCCGGUCAUCUGGCUCAGCAGACACUCGACUCGUUGGCAUUGAAUGUGCCAGCCAAGUACAUAAAUGUAGUGGUGUUUGGUGUAUGCAAUGAUUACAUAGCAGCUCAGGAUGCUCGGAAACGCAAAGCUGGUGUAUUGACGCUUGGUAUUCUAUCUGAAGGGUGUUGUGACUUCAUGUGCCAGAACUUGAACGAAUUGCUUCCCGCGAUUUAUCGCGUCGCCCAAGACACCGACCAGCACGUGCGCGAGGCGGCUUGUUUUGCCCUUGGCCAGUUUGCUGAGUUUUUACAACCUACAAUUACUGAUCAUUACACAGAUAUUCUUCCAAUUGGACUGACUCUCCUUGACGAUGGAUCCAAGGUGAUCAAGGCGACAGCUUUAUAUGUACUUGAUGAGAUCACGCAGAGUAUGGAUAGUGAUCAAGUGCUGCCGUAUCUCGAGACAUUAGUUAGUAAAUUGGUGGCUGUGCUUCGCACGGGCUCGCCACAGCUCCAAAAGAUGGCCCUCGACGCGGUCGGUUCGAUCGCUAUUGGAGCUAAAGACGCCUUUUUGCCAUAUUUCCCAUCGGUUGCGGAACUUAUUCAGCCGUUUUGGAGCAUCACAGAUCCAAAGUUUUUCUUUCUGCGUGGCGCUGCAAUCGAGUGUCUCGGCUACCUGGCGACGGCUUUGGGUAGAGAGCCCUUUCGUCCAUACUUUGCGCCUUCAAUGCCGUUUGUAUUCUCAUCGUUCGAGUUUGACGACUCGGAGCUAAAGGAGCAAGCAUUCGUGUACUUUAUCAAUGUGUCGAGCAUCUUUAAAGAAGAGUUUGCCCCAUUUUUAGAACAGGCUGCUACCCACGUGCUUCAGGCUAUUGUCAGUGACGAAGGUCUCCGUGUUAUGAAUGAUGAUGAGGAUAUUCUCGGUGGUGUUGACUCGGAUGAUGAAGAGGAUGGCGACGAUAAUGUCUUACGUCAUAUUAGCAUUCGCACGGAUGCGCUUAACUCGAAAGUACGCGCUGUAGCAGCCGUAGAUGAGCUUGCAUUAAACUGUGGUGGUACCGUGUUUGAGCCGUACAUUCCAAAAUUUCUUGAGGCAUUGGCUCCGCUCACAGAAUACAUCCACGAGGACGUUCGAGGUGCUGUAGCGGAAGCUUUGGCUGCUCUUGUUAUCUGCUCGUUUGAUGCUUCGCACGCUUCAAACAGUGACAUGCAAAUAUGGACUAAGGGAGACUUCAACAAGAACAUCCUCACACCCAACAACGCUGUGAUUGCGUCUGCUGUCAUGAAGAAUCUGGUCGAAGAACUUUUGGAAGACCCUGAAGAGGUUGUGGUCGAGAAGGCUUUUAACGCUAUUAAGUCUAUGAGUGCUCGUGUGGGUCCUGUCAUUACGAUGGACCACAUGAACGAGCUGAUGCGUAUUACUAAGACUGUGCUGGCUCAUGAACACAUCUGCCAAACAAGUCAUGAAGAGGACGAGGACGAAGAAGAGAACGAAGGAGGCUCGGUGCUUGAGAGUGCAUCAGAGCUGAUUGGUGUGCUUGCCAAAUGUUAUGGUGAGCACUUUUUGUCGGCAUUCCAGGAGUUAUUUCCGUCUCUGCUGGCAUUUUCUACUGGUCUGCGUGCCGUGCGCGACCGUGCUGCUGCCGUUGGCUGCUUUGCUGAGGUGCUUCGCGAACUUGGACCUGGGGCCUUGAGCUUUGUGGAAAAUGUAUAUCCUGUCGUUUUGCAAGGCCUUACUUCGGACAACUACGUAUUAAAGGCCAACAGCGCAUUCUGUAUGGGUAUUCUUGCAGAAAUUAGCGGCGCCAAGCUCAUAAGCGCGUACGAACAGAUGCUGCAGGCUUUGCGUCCACUGUUUGAGACAUCAGGCAAUGACGAAGUGGUGACGGACAACGCAUGUGCUGCUGUGGCCCGCAUGAUUAUUGCUGGCGGUACCAAUUUGCCUUUGGAUGCCGUGUUACCCGUCUUCCUGAGCGCUCUUCCCCUAAAAGUCGAUAUGGACGAAAGUUCCGUGUGUUUCCGUUGUUUAAAUGGCUUAGUGUCCUCGCAAAAUCCGGUGGCGCUCAGUUUGAUGCCUCAAGUGCUUGAUGUAUAUGCCAAGGCACUUGCACCUACGUCUAGUGUGGAAGAGGAGACCCAGAAUGAGGUGAAGGUGUGUGUACGUGGCCUGCUUCAGGCAUAUGCAGCUCAAAUGAAAGAGGUCAUUGCGCAGAUGAGCCCAGGGGCCCAAACAGCUCUUAGUUCAUCCCUUCAAUAA